AAUGGUGGAAGAUAAAUGUACAUAGUAAGAUAGUAUCCAUGAUUGUGGAUAAAAAUGAAAUUCUCUGUAAGUAAUCUGGCAUGUACCUAGGCUUGCUAGAAGUUUUCCUUUAGCUCUAAAUAACUUGAAAGAAUGAAGUUUAAAUUUAAAGUUUCCAUGCAUGAUUCAUAAGUACUUGAUCUAAAAUCUGAAUUAAGCUUCACUGAAGGUCAGUGUGUUGAACUAGAGGCUACAGAUUUCUCAAUUAGGAGAUAGGCCACUUCAUCUUUUACAUCAUUUACAGAGUGAAAAAGCACUCCUUCCUCUGUCAAUCUUCAUUUUUAAAUAGUAUCUAAAUCAAAAUAGAACAUAUCACUUCAAAAUGUUUAGAGGUAUCUAAUUAUGCAUUUUGUCUGGAUGUUUUCCUUUGCGUAGAGAACUGCCCUGUAGGACUGUUCCGAUUUCCUCAUUAAGUUUACUUCCACCCCAAAUAGUGUUUAUGGCUAGAUAUAAACUGCUUAGUAGGAACUGAAUGCCAUUUAAAGUAUGGAGUUUUCUAGUUUGAUGGCUAUGUGGUCAAUCAAGUACCAAAUAGCUGGAGUUUAAUGAAGCAUGUGACUUUGAUUUAUCUUUGCAGACCUGAUAUUUGCAAUUUCGUUGGUGACUCAGUGCCUUAAAUCCUAAUAGUGUAAGGUAGUAUCAUACAGCACAGAUUCUGGAGUUAGAAACACCUAGUAUCAAAUCUCAAAUUUGCUUCUUUCCAGUUGUGCCCUAGUCAGCAGGUAAUCUGAUUUUUUACAUCCCAGUUUCCACUUUUGUGAUGUAAUGAUAAGAGAACUUACUUCUUGAGGUUGUCAUAAGUGGAAAAUGUAUGGAAGUACUCAUCCUUGGUCUCCGGCAUUUAGUAAACACUCAAUAAAUGCAAGUGACAUACCUUGUGAUUUAUCCAAAUGUUACGGAUUAGUGUUUAAUUGUUAAGUAAAAUGAAAUAUAUUUAAAGCAUAUAUGAGUAUUGCUUUAUUGAAUUAUUAAUUAAAGUUUAUAAGUUAAGGAGGACAUGGAGAAAGAAAGUCCAUAAAAAGAAUUUUGUGCCUUAUGGUUUUUGGAAUUUGUACUGUGUGGCUCGUAUCUAUUUUACUCUUUCUUAUUCAAGGACUUUUGUCAUGUGUUAUCAAAUGUAACCAAUGGUCAUUUUCUUUGUUAUAGGUCCUAUUCAUAUAAAGUGUGUUGAUCAUAUAAUCAUAAAUGUAUCUUUUUAGACUUUAACUAAUAGUCAUAACGUAUCUCUCUUUCUUACUAAUUAGAGACUCUGACUAAUAUCUAACAUGCUUGUUCUCUUCUUCUUGUGCAAUCUUUCCUGGGUACCAGCGGCUGCUUCAAAGAAUAAAGCUAAAGGCAGCCAAGGGCAGUUUCCACUAACACAGAAUGUAACGGUUGUUGAAGGCGGAACUGCAAUUUUGACCUGCAGGGUUGAUCAAAAUGAUAACACCUCCCUCCAGUGGUCAAAUCCAGCUCAACAGACGCUGUACUUUGAUGACAAGAAAGCUUUAAGGGACAAUAGGAUUGAGCUGGUUCGGGCUUCCUGGCAUGAAUUGAGUAUCAGCGUCAGUGAUGUGUCUCUCUCCGAUGAAGGACAGUACACCUGUUCUUUAUUUACAAUGCCUGUCAAAACUUCCAAGGCCUAUCUCACUGUUCUAGGUGUUCCGGAGAAGCCUCAGAUCAGCGGAUUCUCCUCCCCAGUGAUGGAGGGGGACUUGAUGCAGCUGACCUGCAAAACGUCUGGUAGUAAACCUGCGGCUGAUAUCAGAUGGUUCAAGAACGACAAGGAGAUUAAAGAUGUAAAAUAUUUAAAAGAAGAGGAUGCGAAUCGCAAGACAUUCACUGUCAGCAGCACCCUGGAUUUCCGAGUGGACCGCAGCGACGACGGCGUGGCGGUCAUCUGCAGAGUAGACCACGAAGCUCUCAACGCCACCCCUCAGGUGGCCAUGCAGGUGCUAGAAAUACACUAUACACCAUCAGUUAAGAUUAUCCCAUCCACUCCUUUUCCACAAGAAGGACAGCCUUUAAUUUUGACUUGUGAAUCCAAAGGAAAACCACUGCCAGAACCCGUUUUGUGGACAAAGGAUGGCGGAGAAUUACCAGAUCCUGACCGAAUGGUUGUGAGUGGUAGGGAGUUAAACAUUCUUUUCCUGAACAAAACGGAUAAUGGUACCUAUCGAUGCGAAGCCACAAACACCAUUGGCCAAAGCAGCGCAGAAUAUGUUCUCAUUGUACACGAUGUUCCCAACACUUUGCUUCCCACUACUAUCAUCCCCUCCCUUACCACUGCAACAGUCACAACCACUGUAGCCAUAACAACCAGCCCAACCACAUCUGCAACCACCAGCAGCACCAGAGAUCCCAAUGCUCUGGCUGGCCAGACUGGCCCUGAUCAUGCUCUUAUAGGAGGAAUAGUGGCCGUCGUUGUAUUUGUCACGCUGUGUUCUAUAUUUCUGCUUGGUCGAUACCUGGCAAGACAUAAAGGAACGUAUUUAACAAAUGAAGCUAAAGGAGCUGAAGAUGCACCAGAUGCUGACACAGCCAUUAUCAAUGCUGAAGGCAGCCAAGUCAAUGCUGAAGAGAAAAAAGAAUAUUUCAUUUAAAAUGCAGGCCGAGAUCUGAGUUUUACUUAUCAGGCUGGCUGCUGGAGAAAACUGGCUGUCAUCUUCCGGAAUUUAUUUGUACCAUCUUCUGCUACCCUUAUUCACUUCCAUACCGUCCUGUUCUCAGUAGCCAGUGCAUACCAACAAUCAGCUGUCGAAAGCAUCAUUCUUUAAUUACUGUACCAUCCAUAAUGCAGGACACUUCUUACUGCCUAAAUUCCACACCAUUGCUCUUUUAACAUACAGUGCUUGAAUAUACAGCCUUAACAAUGUUAAUCAUCUCCUUGGAUCAUGGUAUUGAAUUGUUUUUAUACAUUGAAAAAAAUGUAUGCAGAGGUUUUUUGCCCUCAUUUUUUUCCCUCUAAAUCAUAGACAUUGUCACUUUGCCAUUGAACAGUUUCCACAGGAACAGGAUUAGGUAACGACCUAAUGUGCUUAAGUUUAAUCAGAGAUUAGAGGUGUACAAACAAUGUUUUCUACUUGUCUAUCCUCAAAGACAUUUUGGAAACAUAUGCCCUAGGAAACACUGCAGUAUAGAUUCUGGAAUGUUUGAGAUAUACUAGUAAAGCUGUAUCAACUUGCUAUUUAAAAAUAUAGUAUUUGAUACAGGAGCCAUGUGUAUGAAUUGCAAUCACGACAUGACAUCUUAUAUAAUUACAUAGAUCCCACCACUAGGUUAUUUUAGCUUCAUUUACCAAUAAAUUCUUACAAACAUUCUACUGCUUGAAGAAUCACAAAGAUUUCAUUCGUCUAAUUUGAUUCUAUAAUUUAUUUGCUCCACAAGGACUCACCUGCCUAAACAAAAUGGAAGUAUCCAUAGGGCACAAUUUUGAGACAUUUUAGUAUCUGUAUAUAGUGCAUAUAAUAAAUCCAAUUAAACAUUAUUUGAUACAUAUUUAACUUUUUUGGCUGUAGGUAAUUCAGUCAUAAGUAAGCAUUUUCUAAUGUCCAUUAUAUCCCUUUAGAUAUUACUUAAACCAAUAUUAUAAGUAGAUAACAUGUAUUAGUAUUUUUGUCUGUAUGUCCUAGCACUGUUCAACAACAAAUUUUUCUAGUUCUUGUUAAUUUUGAUUUGUUAUACAAUGGAAGCACAAUGUUAUAAGGAAAGGUAAUUUUAAGCUAACAACCAGUGCACAGCCUCAGGUUUUAAAUUACAACCACAGUUGAAUAAUAACCUAAAAAUAAACUCUUAGUUUGCUAAAAAUUUACAAAUUUUAAUUUGGCAGUUCCAGAGCUGCUCACCUAUGUUGGUUUGCCAAAAAGAUAUGUUUAAGAUAUGUUUUCUGUAUAAAUGAGCUAAUCCUUUAUAUUAAAUUCCUGUCUAUGCAUUUUGUGAGGUACAAACUUAUGAAACAGUGAGUGAUAGAGAAAUUUCUGCCAUGCUUUUUACUCCAAGGUGAAAGUCUCUUUCUCUGGAUUAUUUCUGAAAUUUUGGUGUAUUUAACCAUUAAGAAAUGCUGUAUUCUUAAAUAUGACACAGAGUCAAUCUAAAGUCGUAUUAUUUCUUCUAGUCAAAUACAAUAUUGCUAGAUUAGUUCUCAUUAAAUUUAUUAUAUACUAAAGAUUAAAAAUCCAGUUAGAUAAAAAUUAUUUUCCCAUUCACAAGCAUUGCACCUUUAAGAAGAAAAUAAAUAUGACGAUAUGGUAGCUAUACUUGUGAUGUCUGAAAGCACGGUGGCCUAUGGUUUAAAAAUAUCUUGGAAUUUAUUUUUGGGAAAUGAGAAUGGUUGAGUAUGACAUCAUGUGUUAAUAUCAAAUGAAAGACAAGGGUGCUGUGUCUUAGAUUAUUUAUCAGAAAAGUAUAAAUCUUUUAAAGACAACGUUAGAAUUUUUAAAUUGUUUUUUUUUUGAUUGUUGAAGCAUUUAUCUUGUUGAUUUCUUACAAAAGAAAAAGGACGAUGUCAGUCAAGCAGCACUUUUUCAGAAUAUACAGAACAUAAAUAAUAUGAUGUGGUUGAGUGUUAACAUAAUAAAUCAUAUACAGUAUGACAUUUUAAGGAAAUAAGUCUGCAUUGAUGUGAUUGCAUGCUUGUUUUUACAGUUCACUCCAUACCAUCUGUGGAAAAAUGCAAUAAUAUGUUAAUAUAGUAUGGUAGUUUGAGAGAAUCAGGUAGGUGCUACUAGACACAUUGAAACUAGAAUAGGUUUAUAAACUGUUCAUAUCUUUCAAUGCAUAAUCUUUAGAAAGACAAAGCAAAAUUCAUCCUGUUAGUAAAAAAUGGAAAGGUUCUUAUUACAGAAGUAGGUGGUAUAAACUGCAUCAUCAAUUGCUAUUUAAAGCCUAAUUUCAGGAUGCACUUACAAAAUUGCUACUCUUCAUCGAUGCUGUAUUUACAUCCCUCUUCAUCUCGUCUAUAUUCUACUUGGCUCCAACUGCUAAAUUGUUGCCUAAAUAACUGAAUCAUUAUUUAUAGCACUGUAAAAUUAGAGAUCCAAAAUUGGUUGCAUUGCAAGAUUUUUUGACUCUUUUAACCCUUUAGAGUAAUAUAAAAACUCAUUAGAACUCUUUAAAAGAAACUAACUGGUGUAUUAUGUGAUUCAUAGGCUCUAAUCCAAAUGUUUUGCUGGUUAAAAUAAAUAGAUUUGAAUUAGGUAUCAUUUUUAGUUAAUGAAAAAAAUAGCAAUGGAAUUAUAUUUUCCUAUCUUUAAAAAAAUAUUUGAUUUCCACCAAACAAAAGAAAUUGUAAACAUUCUGCUCAUUUCUAUAAAAUCAGGAAAAAAUAUGAAAUAACAUUUCUAAAUGGAAUCAUGUCAAUUGCAGUGUCUGAAAUGUGAACACUCGUAUGCACAGGGAGUCCAAUUCUAUCUCUGCUGGGUGAGCACAGUAGCUACGGAACUCGUUGGAAGGCAUGUGAACACAGUCACACCCCUAGUAGAAUAUGGAACGUUGUUCUUUACCCACGGUAGCUAUUCUCUGCCAGUGUACUGUUUACAGUGUAGAUUGAUUGUCCUCCAUCAAAAAAGUGUAAACAGCAGUCUUCUUUUCCUUUUUUCCAUUUUUGAGUGUCCUAGAUAGAAUGAUUAUCAAAAUUAGGGAAAAAAAGGAAAGUUUGUGAGUGCAAGAACAAAGACAGAGAGCAUGAGCAGAGUAUUGAUGUGUGUGUGUGUGUAUGUGUGUAAUUGAGAGAGAGAGAGAAAAAAAGAGAGAGAGAUUUCAACUUGUUUUCUUUUACCAGAGAGUCCAAGAAGCAGUUUAAGGAACUUGAUUUUGGAGUUUAGUCUAGAAACUGGAUGAACUCGUAUUGAUUCAAGAUGCUUAAUAUUGCAUUGAAACUCCACAAUUAGAAUAACAAAUAGAAAAAGAAAAAUAACUCUCCUAAAUAUGGCAAAGAAGCUAACACCUCAUUUAUUUUUAUUUCUUUGUAAAAAUAUAAAUAUCUCAGUUAAAAGGACAGGCUCACUUGUAAUUAUGUACUCAUGAUUGUAACAGCAUUGAGAUUCCAUAUAGGCACAUGUACAGCAGCUGUCUAACGGUGACGGUUCUUCCAUGUAACAUAGCAGUUAUCGUGUAAUUUAGUGCCACUUAUUGCAAAGUGUUACCAAGGGGAACAUUUAAAAUCCUUUUCCUUUUCCUUUGGACAUCAGGAUAAUUUAAUGAAUGAUAAAUGUGAAAUUUUGUGUUAUGCUUUUUAAUUGUGGAGAAAAUGAAAACUUCAUAUCUUGCUGCAACUUCUCAUGUUGCUAAUUACUUAGAACCCUCUACAAACGCCCAAUAUUAUCCCCCUUUGCAAAUGGUAAUCUAUGAUGAAUAUACAAAACAAAACAAACAAACACAACUGCCAACCACAGCUGAAAUAAAUGAAACAUCUAACGAGAAUUACUGAGUAAUGCUUUUUAUUAAGUGGCACAAAGUACACACUAAAAACUAUGCAAAAUAUAGGUAACUACAGUGUACGUACAUGUAAGUAUCUUGUACUUGCUGUGUAUGGAUGUUGGAAACCCAUGUAAUUAUAAUAUGCAUUUUGAAUAUUGGGAAAGAGGAAAUCUUAGUGUAGAUAAUAGAAUUUGUUUUGAAGUAUACACUGGCAAUAUUGAAAUAUACUCAGUGCAAUAUCUGCAAUUCUAUUGCUGGAUACUUAAUGCAAAGGGAUUUUAAAGAAUUCUUCAACAAAAUACGUGAGGUUGCUAAUCUUCCCCUCCCAUAUACUAAAGCAUUAAUUAAAAAUACAACUGACUCAACAACAUGUUCAGUUUUCCUUACUUAAUCAUUAACAUGACACAAUAAAAAUAUUUGGCCUAGUUUUUAGCAUUACUGGAGAGAAAGAAAUAGCCUGAGUUUUAAACUUUGAUUCAUAUCUAACUAAAUUCAGAAUUCUUAAACUUUCUUUGAAAUGUGUGUAUGUUUUAAGGGAUUGUGGUACUUUUAUUAUAAAUACAAAUUUAUUCAGUCAAAGAACAUAGGUUACCUUUAAUAGUUAAAAUCACUCUAAAUGGGAAUUUUUUUAUAUCUUUUCUUUUUCUAUUCAUUAUUUUCCCUUUCUCUCCCUAUUCUACCCCAAACAUGCCCUUUGCACUUAUACCCUUCCAAAGGCAAUGGAUUGAAAGUAGCAAGAUAAUAAAGAGAGCUAAAGGGAACAACAUAUAAGAAUGGGUUCUAAACUCAUCAGCAUUUUUAUGUCUUGAGAUUAUUAAUAUUGAAUGCAAUAGUUAUUGGAUAUAGCUGGUCAGUUCUCUGCCAUGCAUACUUACAAUAAUCCUUCUACCUCUCACUUUUAACAUGGGCUAUGAUACUUCAAUAUAAAUAGAAUAAAUAACGAUUUACAAGAUAUCCCAGGAAGCACUCUUUUGGGACUAUCAUAACAGUCCACUCCCCACCCCCUGGGAAAUCUCAAAAGCCAACUUUUAGUGUAUUCAAUGGUGUAUGGAUCUGCAUUUGAUUUUCCUUUCUAUCAUUAACUUUUCCUGUAGGCAAAAUACGAUAACUUUAUAAGGAUAGUUCUUCUCAUGGCUAUUUAAUAUUUCAAUGUAAUAUAAUUGCGUUGAUUUUUAAAAAAUAAUUUAAAUGGCAACACUUUGCAAUCCAAUAUGACAUUUCAUUUGAAAUUUAAAAUGCAACAAUCUCUUACAAAUUAAUGCUAUGCUUUUAAGUAAAAAUCAUGUAUAUGAUUUAUUUUCCCAAGAAGCGUUAUCUAUGUAAGACAAUUUAGGUAUUUAAAACUGCCUCCUUAUAUCAAAUAAUCCUGAAUAAUUAAUGUAAAGUAUUGCUACAAAGUAUUUCUCACUUUAUUUUGUCUCACAGACAUAAUAUGAAUUGUUCAAAUGAUGUAAUUUAAUUAUCCUAAAAGGAAAUGACACUUAAACGCAGGUUUUCCUCUAGAAAAGAAAGAUACAAGAAAAUAUCUCAAAUUGUGAUGCUGAAUCUAUAAAACAUGCUUAAAGUUAAAGUAAGAUGUUUCUAUGUUAUGUGGUCAUGUGACAAAUAACCGUUAGUCUAAUCCUUACCACCUUUUCCUAAUAGAUAUAUUAGUUACAAGAAAUGUAUGGUUAUUUUGGAGAGAAUGGGCCCAAAUGUGUAAAAGAUGUAAAGAAAAAACACUAUUUUCCCCUAUGAAAUAUAUUGUAUAUUUCAAAAGAAGAAAACUUAAAAGGUAUUUGAAGAUUGCAGGGGCAAAAGAAAAAGCUACCAGGGCUCAGCACUUAAGCACUUUCCCACACCCAGGGUCAGAGCACAGUGAUUCCUACGCGGACUUUUAAGUGCGGUAUGAAACGCCACGUCACACUUCUCUUACACACAGUACUGUCAAACCUCAAAUGUUUUCUUUCUUUAGAUGCUUUUCCUUGUACAUGAUACUAGUAGACAUUUUUCUCUUUAUAUUUGCUGAUAGUGAAAGUUAUAUGCAAUAAAAUAUUUGAUGGUUGAAAGCAGUGGUCACCAGUUGGUUAAAAAAAAUGAAAUGUAAACUGAAUUGUUAUCUAUCCUUUUUGCUUUUUUCUAUGUUUCUAGUGUAUUGAAUGAUUCUCAUAGGAAGAAAAAUAAUUUAGGAAUUUUUCAACACUAGCUCUCUUUCUUCUUAUAAAUGUAUAAAAUUUUAAUCUCUUUACAAAUUUAUUUCACUGUACCUGCUGUACUUAUUGUAGAUUCAAUGAUGCAGUUAAGUAGAAACCUAAGGAUUUCUGAGUUUGGGAUUGCUGACCUAUUUUCUUCAUAUUCAGUUCACAUCAAUAUUUGUGAAUUGGUUGUUUAGCUUUUCAUUCAACCAAAAAAUAUUUCCUCAAGAAAGCUCCAUUUUUAUCAUAAAUAUUUCAACAUAACCAACAUUGGAACAAGUCUGCCAUGUUAAAAAGAAUUUAAAGACUUAUCUCUGAAAAUGGUACCCAGAAACGCAGGUGUUCCCAAUAAUAUAGCCUCAAAAAUAAAAUGUUCUAUUUGUAUGACAUGAAAUUCAUAACUUUUGGAAGGGUAUAUUUAUGACAGCAUAAAAAUAAAUUCUGUGCUGUAAAGAAGAUCCACAAAAAUCAAACAUAUUGCACAGAAGAUUGAGAAAGACAAUUAUUGAAUCUACUGUUAGCAUUUUCAAAAAAACAAAAUGCAUAUUGUAAUAUUAGGUACAUGACACUUGCAUGUUGAUAUGCCUAUAUACUUACAAAGUAUUCAAUGUGUACUUAGUGGCGCUUAAAAUAUGUCAUGUACAACUCUUAUAAACAUUCUUACAGGGUUCCCAUUUGCACUUCAUCUUUCAGUAAAGUCUUGUCAGAAAAACAAUUGUCUGAUACAUAUGGAAAAAUAAAAUUUGAAUUUUAGUUAUCUGUUGGACAUUACUGAAUCGUCUAUUCAUUUAGUUCAUUUUCCUAUUCUUAAAAACAGACAUUGAAAGAUGGAACUUUCUUUUUUUCCCACUGACAGGUUAUAAAAGAUGUUACAAAAUAUAUUCCUUUAUGCCAAACACAUUUUGCAUAUCUUUUUCAACUGCGUACAUUAUCCAUUCAUUUUCGAUUUCCUCAACGAUGCCCAUUUUCCUUGUAAAUUUCUAAGUGGAAGUUUUAAAAAUUAAGCAGUAGUAAAAAUAAAUGUUAACUUAUUUGUACAACAUUUAAUCGUUACUCUUUGGAAUAUAUGAACCUUGUAAUAUGCUGACUAAGGGUAAAAAAAAUGUUGCUGACUUAGGGAAAUUUGCUUGAAAUUGCCAAAAUUUCAAAACUUGUAAAGGUAAUUUUACAUUGACUUAUGUGUGUUUACUAAUGUUGACUAGGAACAGAAGCAAAAAUACUUAAACCUAUUUUUUUUUUUUAAUUUUCACACUCUAACCAGUAUUAUAUAUUUCAACUACCUAAGAUAAUGCAAUUAAUGAUAUAUCCAUCUUAAGCUUAUGCCAAUAAGAAUUUGAGAUAAGCUUUUAAAUUUAUGGAGGAUUUUCUUUGUGUCUUUGGAAGCUCACUUACCAUAAGGUCUUUUAUAGUCUACUUUAAAUAACAGAUUUUGUUAUACAGGGUAAGCCAAAGGCUGUACAAGAAUUAGUGUCAUUGGGUCUGAUAUUUGUGUUAGACCAUGAAAUAUUCCAUUAAAAUUUAUCUGUAAAUACAA